CCCUGAGGCCACGAGCAAUUGAGAGCCGGUCCACAGUCGUGAGUGUGGACUCCUCCCAGAUGUGAAUAAGGUGAAGUCCAGUCAGGGGGAAGCUCUCACUGCAGAGUGCGCAUCCAUGCUGACACCCUGACGUCUGUAACUUUGGCACUUUCACGCUGAGCCGGAAUGAGGGCUUUUAUUUCGCCGCUCUCCUGGCUGCUGACGCUCGCCUUGGCGGAGGCCAUCCACGGACUGUACAACUUUGGCCAGCACGACUUCUUCUCCAGGAAGAAGAACUGCAAAGCCAUCCCCGCCAACCUGCUGCUCUGCCGCGACAUCGAGUACGCGGACAUGCGUCUGCCCAACCUGCUGGGACACGAAACCAUGAGCGAGGUCCUGCAGCAGGCGACCUCCUGGAUCCCGCUGGUGCAGAAGCAGUGCCACCCGGACACCAGGAAGUUCCUGUGCUCGCUCUUCGCCCCGGUGUGCCUGGACGACUUGGACGAGCCCAUCCAACCGUGCCGCUCCCUGUGCGAGAGCGUCAAGCGCGGAUGCGCGCCCGUCAUGUCCGCCUUCGGGUUCCCUUGGCCCAAAAUGCUGGAGUGCGAUCGGUUCCCGCUGGACAACGACCUGUGCAUCCCCCCAGCCGGCCUCGACAACAUGGUGCCCGUCACCACAGAAGUGCCCAGAGUGUGCGAUGCCUGCAAGGAAACGGACGACAAUGACAACGAAAUUGUGGACAACUUGUGUAAAAAUGAUUUUGCCCUGAAAAUCAAAGUGAAGGAGAUCUCGUACAUCAACGGCGACACCAAGAUUGUGCCCGAGAGCAAGAGCAAGACCAUCUACAAGCUGCACGGCGUGAGCGAGCGCGACCUGAGGAAGACGGUGCUGUGGCUGAAGGACGGUCUGCAGUGCGUCUGCGAGGAGAUGAACGACAUCAACGCCGCCUACCUGGUCAUGGGCCAGAAGAUGGACGGCCACCUGGUCAUCACCUCGCUCAAGCGCUGGCAGAAGGGCCAGCGGGAGUUCAAGAGGAUUUCACGCAGCAUUCGCAAGUUGCAGUGCUAAAAAGACGAAGAAGAAGAAGAAGAAGGAAAAAAAACCCUCUGUUAGCCGUGUUGACGAUUUUACUUCCCAUUCCAGCACUGAUCUUUGUUUCUGUCGCCCAACUUCAAAAACAAGCAACAUCCUCCAGUCGUCCCUCGCUACAUUGCGUUUUUUUAAAAAUGAAUUCAUCAAAAAAUGAUCGCACCAGUCCAGGGUGUACCCCACCUCUCGCCCAACGUCAGCUGGGAUAGGCUCCAGCAUACCCCGGUCACCCCAGUGAGGACAAGUGGCGUAGAGAAUGAGUAAAUGAAAAAACGAGCGCUGUUUCGUGGCUGACUGUGACCCGUUAUUAUAUUGAAAUAGAAUUUUCAUGUAGUAUUCUGGCCACUAGGCGUCAGUAAUGACACAAAACAUUGACGAGACGACACGGCAUCACAUGACCAUCAACACUGCAUGGGGUCAGCCACUGUGGGUCAGGGGGUCAGGACUGUGAAACGAAGAUCUUCUCCUAUUCCGUGUGCAAGUGGUAGGUUUUCGCUUCCUACCUUGUCUUUCUUCUCCACUCCGUUUGAAACCCUUUCUUAAGUUUAGAUUAAAUAAAUCGCAGGCUAACUAGUUAGCUCGCUAGCAUGCUAUGCUAUGCUAGCGGUAGCCGUCUCUUGAUGAUCCUUGAUGGCCUGUGUAAACAAAUAGGAGUGUAAAGGUGACUAUAGGCGUGCUAUUGCAUGUCUACAGGGCUCUAAAAAUGUUAAAAACUGUUUUUAGAAAGUCAGAAACCUGUUUAACUCCGAAAACAUUCCAUUUGUUAACCAGUUACCGGUGAUAAACGAGGGACGACUGUAUGAGUUCCAUUUGAAAAGCUUUAAAUAGUGUACAGCGAAUGCGUUAAGCCACAUUUUCAUUUUGAAGUUAUACAAGUAGCGGUUGUAAAAUGCCUAGAUACGUUUGUUUGUUUUUACCGUCGUCGUUACUAUUGUAUUCUCUGGCUCGUCAUCCACUGCUGCCAACUCCUCAGUAAGGAAAGCAGCUAUUGGCUGUCCUAGAAGUCGUUAGAUGACGACGUCGGCUAAUUUGCAUAUUAUUCGCAUGCGGUGUAACAGCUGCUGUUGGAAGAAAGCAUCGUAGGAGAGACAAAAAAGUGAAUAAAAGCACUUAGGCACUUAGGACAGCUUGUUUCAUUUAGCACACAUCGUUCUCCCAUCACACGUUCUGACAGGUAAGUGAUCGAGUCCGAAUGAGGCUUGAGUGUAAUUAAGAUUUACAGUACGUGUUAUAUCCCGCUCUGUGAAACACCGGCGGCGGCGCGCAUGCGUGAUUCAUGGAUGUGUAGCGCUCCACUCUGUGUGACUGCUUUGGGGCGGGGCGGGGCGGGGCGGGGCGGGGCGGGGAGGACCUCCCAGCAGCACACACUGCCGCUCAGUGAAAACACAAACUCUAGAACAAUACGUGCUUUCACUGUUAAGUCCCCAAAUACCAGACACUCCCCAACCACGCCAGAAAAAGUAGCUAGAUUCGUCACUGGUUGCUUUUGAGAAAAUACGUCACCCUGAGGGUUUGGAAUGUGAGCAGAUUUAGCAACAAAGCCGCCAAGUUGGCAACACUGGAUGCCGUAGCCUGAGAUUAGCACUGUGGUGUAAACAAAGCAUAAUAGGAGUGUAAAGGUGCCUAUAGACGUGUUACUUCAUGUCUUUCAUGUCUAGAGGGCUCUAAUAAUGUUAAAAACCGUAUUUAGAAAGUCAUAAACAUGUUUUAUAUGCUCUAACUCUGAAAAUAUUCCAUGUAUUAACCAAUUAACCUUGAUAAACCAGGGUUGACUGUAAAUCGUUGAAUUGUUGCCAUUAUAAAAGCUUUAAAUAGUGUACAGUAUUGCGUUAAGUAACAUUUUAUUUUGAAGUUAUACAAACUCCCUAGUGGACCUUAAUUGCUUAUGGUCAUAUGUUCUUUUUUUUGUUUUAUCAUUUGUUCUUUGGCUCAUUGUCACCGACACAACUGUGUUGAAGAAAAUGUUUACAAAUCAUCCCCCCCCAAAAAAAUGGAAUAAAAUCAUCCGACGCCUGUGUUCUAGA